GCCUCAGCCUCAAAAACAGAAGUCAUUGUUCAAAGAACUUUUCCUUUGGUCAUUCAUUCAUCAUCAAGUGUUUCAGUCUUUCAGAUAAAAACAAGAAAAAACCAGGAGAGACCAUAAGACUUUAUCUUCCAGAGAGAGAGAGAGGAAAGAGAUAUGGGGAGGGCUCCUUGUUGCGAUAAGGCAAAUGUGAAGAAGGGACCUUGGUCUCCAGAGGAAGAUUUGAAGCUUAAAGACUACAUAGAGAGGAAUGGGACUGGAGGCAAUUGGAUUGCUCUUCCUCAAAAAGCUGGCUUGAAGAGAUGUGGGAAGAGCUGCAGAUUGAGAUGGUUAAACUAUCUGAGACCCAACAUUAAACAUGGAGAGUUCUCUGAUGAGGAGGAUAGGAUAAUCUGCACCUUGUUUUCUACCAUUGGAAGCAGAUGGUCAAUAAUAGCAGCUCAACUACCUGGAAGGACAGACAAUGAUAUCAAGAACUACUGGAACACCAAGCUCAAGAAGAAACUCAUCUCCAUGAUUCCUCCUCCUACUCCUUCAACCCACCACAAGAUUAGACCACCCACCAGUGCAUCUCUUUAUCAAACCUCAUCAUCGCUUGCUCCAUUAAUAUAUAAAGAUUGCACUUCAUUCACUAAUUACAUGAGUUCUACCCCAUCCAAUAAUAUCUUCUCAUCAGAUCUAUGGAAAUACCCAAUUACAACCUCUUCUUAUUCUUCUUCACUAUUUCAAUUCCAAGACGGUGGAUCAAUGAUGAGUAGAUAUUGUUAUCCAAGCAGCAGGAAGGAGAAUAUGCUCAUAUUUGGAACUAGUACUGAAGCAAGUUGCAGUUCCUCUGACUGUAGUUAUAAUGGAACCAAAGAGAUCAAACAAGAAGACUACUUGCCUACUUUGCAGUCAUGUUGUUAUAAUAACAUCUCAUCACCAACUGGGUUUGAAGAGGACAACAAGAAGUUCAUGCUCAUGAGCACUUAUCAUGACAAUGACAACAACAACAACAACAACAACAAUGGAUCAGGUCAAAAUGUGAACCAGCAGUACUGGACAGACAAGGCAGCUAAUGGGUUCUAUGGAGAGAGUGCAAAUCCGGUACUAUUGGACUAUGAUGCUGAAGAUGUUAACAACAUUAACAGCAGCAGCAGCAGCUUCAACUUCAUUGAAGAAAACAAGACAGUAGUAGAUGCAGAGAAGACCAUGUACUAUAAUUAUUACAACUGACUGACUCACACUCGGAAUGAAAGAUUUGAUGUUGGGGGGAAUGGUAAGGCGUUUGUUGAAGAUAUUCAGAUCAGACAGAGUUUUAUGGGGGUUUGUGUUUUCUUCUUCUCUUCUUCUGUGUUUUGACAGUACAUGGUAAAUUUAAAGCUUUCUUUCUUAUUUUUCGUGCAUUUAGUUUUGUUGUACGGGUAAUCCCCCCGCAAUCAGGGUUAGUGUUUAUGAAAACUAGAGAAGAACAAACGUCCUCUUCAUUCAGUAACGACAAUCUGAUGUCAUGAAUUUCAUUUGAACCAA